GAAUCCUGAACAGCGAAGCUGUGGAUUGUCCCGGUGGAUGCUCUUUGCCUGGUCAACGUACGUUCUUAGACGAGUGUGGGGCGGUGCCUUUCACUGGUACAGAUGCUGAAUGUUGUACAUGUUGCAAAGGCAAAUGGCCGACUCCUCCACUCUGUUGGGCGGUUGUUGAGGGAACUGAGAAACACUGCCAUUGCUAUCGACAU